UGUUGUGGUGAAAAAAUUCUCGAACCGUGAAAAGAAAAGAGAGAGAGAAAAAAAGAAACGAAAACCAACCUUCGUGAACUCCGGAGGACGCAGUGUAUUAGCAGUGUACGGUUAUGGCCGAAAACAGUGUGUCGAACAGCCUGCCGCCCGCAGCACAGCAGAAGGUCACGGUUGGCGGUACGGUGGGUGGUGCGGGAGGGCCGGGAGGAAUGCACCACCAUCAUCAUCAUCAUCAUCACCAUCAUCACCACAAUCACCACAAAUCGAUGGACAUGGGCGGAACGGGCAAGAUGGGUGGAAGUAAACAUCACACUAAUGUAAUUCACCGGACUACGAGUGAAAGUUUACGCUUGGGUGGUGGGGGUGGCGCUGGAAACGGUUCCUCAAUGAACAGUACUGGCGGGGGUGGCGGAGGCACUGGAUCGACGACCACCGGAAGUGGAGGAAGCGGAGGAAACGGGAACAUCAUCAUCGGCAGCAACGAAAGCUCCGUCAGCAGCAGUAUGCUUAAUUCGUCCUCAUCGACGACGAACAGUAUUUCGCGGAAGAACGCCAACGCGACCGGCGGUGGAGGUGGUGGAGGUGGUGGAGGCGGUGGCGGUGGUGGUGGACCGGCAGGAGCCGGUGGCAAGACGUCAUCCUUCACGAUCACCUCGGUGAUCGUUGGUCCGGGAAAGCACAGCGCAGACAACGGGGACGAUUCGGCGGAUGAUCUGGAUGAGUCACACACGGACGACAACAGCCGGAUAACGGAUUUUGAGAACGAAACGCCCAGCUUUUCGGAGGACACGUUCAGCAAGGAGGAUGUGUUUUUCGCCACAAACGCCAUCGGAAGUGUGCCGGUUAUACCGACCAGCUCGCAGUACGGUUUAGCGAUCGUGGCCCCUAACGAUCAGGCACCCGGAGGUGAAGUGCUGGCCGAUGCGAUGCACCUCAGCGUCACUGACGGGGGCAUCAACAUCAUGAGCCAUGGAAAGGUGGACAUCAGCGAUGGUAAAGAGCACCACCGGAAUGAGCGGUUUAAAGUGGUCAAAAUCGAGAGCACAGAGCCGUUCAAGCGAGGUCGGUGGGUGUGCAUGGAUUUCCUCGAUCACCGAACGCUCAACAACACUGCGGUUGGUGGUGGUAUCGGUGGAGAUGGGAACGAAAUCGGGGGUGGCACGAAUGCCUCCGCCACGACGCAAGACAGUGGCGUAGGGCUGAACGAGAAUUCGAACUAUGCGCCCUCGGAUGGAACACCAGGAGCGGCCACUGGUGAUGUUCCCGGUUCCGAGUAUCAUCCGUCAGUGGCCUCAAACUCGACGGCAGCUUCUGGCACGACGACAACCGGAUCGACCACAACCGGUACGGGGACAUCCAAUGUGCUUGGGCUGCUCAACAACGAAUCUCCGGGACAGAGCUUGAAUCUUCCGCUAGCAGCCGGUUCACCACAUGUCGGAGGAGCUGCUAAUGCCGCAGCCAGCAAUACUAGUCACGUACCGUCUAACUCCGCUGGUCAGGGCGGUGGUGUUGGCGGGACAGGCAUUCCCCACAGCUUACCACAGUCGCAGCUACAGAACGCACUGGCUGGGCAACAACACGCGCAGCAAUCUUCUCAACCAUCGGCAUACUCGCAAGGACAGCAAGGACAAUCCCAAUACUAUCCCCACACGAUGACUAACCUGGCCGAGCUGAGUCAGCAACCUGUGACGAAUCAGCAGGCUCAUCAACACCACCAACACGGUGCUACCCUUCCAAGCCACAUGCAAAUGCAUCCGCAUUCGCAACCUUCACCGCAACAACUCCAACAUCAGCAGCAGCAGCAGCAGCAGCAACAACAGCAACAACAACCACCACCACAAUCCGGCAGUGCGAAUGCCGUCUCUUCCAGCAACAUUCUUCCGUCGAUGGCCGCGUCGAUCCCGACAUCACAGGAGAUGAACAUUAUCAUCAACAACCCGACGAUCCAAUCGAGCUUCCCGUCGCCCCACCAGCAGUUUAAACCACCCCAGACCAACUCCCAAACCAACUCUCCCGUCGUCGUGCCCACAUCGCUGCUCGACGGCACAACAGUGGCCACCGCAACAUCCGGUGAGAGCGUUGGCACCAGCACCGGAACAGCGGUUCUUUCCCCGUCCGGUAACUCCGCGGCCAACACCAUGGUGACCGGAACGGCCAAUGUCCACGAUACAGCUGGUUCUGUAUCGAUCGCUACGGAUUCGUUGAUCAACUCGCCGUCGGCAACUUCAUCGCCGGUGACCUCUUCCGCUCAGAUGAUUCCACAAUCGGCACCGGCAGCCGGUGGUGUUGGCGUUGGUGCUUCCUCCGCAUCCGUCGGUGACUCGUCCGCCGUCCUGGCCGGUGCCUCUGGUGCCUCUGGAGGUACCAGUGCGGGGGCGGCCAUCUCUACUACAAGCAGCAACGGUGCUGUCGGCACGUCAAACGGUGUCCACAGUGGGUUGACUUCUUCAGCUGCGACCGGUGCGGUGGGUUCUCCAUCCUCUGCUGCCGUUGCACCGGUCACCGGAAGUUCGGCCUCUGAUCAGCAGUCAUCGGAAGCGAAACUACUCUCGGCUGUGUCCGGAGUUACGGCUGGGGAUGGUGAAGACGCGGACAAAGCGAACGCGGAAGAUGGCGAAAGCAACACCGGGUUGCAGGCGACACAGCAACCACGCCAACUGCAACCAUUGCCUCCUGCACAGCAGCAGUUAGGUGUAAACGCUUUACCCGACGCGAGCCUAUCGAACGAACCCUUCUCAAAUGCUUCCUUUGACAGAAGCACGUUACCCGCUGCCCAGCAGCCGCAUCAGCAACUGCACCAUCAUCAUGGCCCGUUGUACAACGAAACCGCCGAAAAGCUAUCGAAAGCCUACUCGCUGCCACCGUCCAUGAGCACCGCUGCCAAAGAGUCCCUUCGAAAAGAGCUCGCCCAAAGUCGCCUCGAACAGCAGCAGCAGCAGUUCCAGCAGGCACAAAAGUUCCAACCCGUGGGACGCGGAUUCAAUGUCGUGAUCACCACCACCGGACCAAGCGGAACUACUUCCCCUUUGAGCCACAGUACGACGAGUGCUGCGAACCACUCGAGCAGUAGCAAUGUCUACACCGACAUUGCGCUCGGCAAGAGCAUCCAAAGUCUGAUGAAACCUACGCCGAUCCUGGCGACUGCGGUAUCUAACCGGUUGGCAGGAGGAUCCUUAACCAGAUCGAUUGGGGCGCUAGGACCCUGCCGAGAGCUGCCGGAAAAUGGAGGUGUCGUCGACUCGACUGGCUAUUGCCGAACUGCCAGCAGCCUGCUGGGCAAUCUGUCCGGUGGUAGUAACAGUGUUAGUGCGUGUACGGCCACGCAUCCGCACCGUUGUGUGCAGGAUCUGAUCAAGGAAGAGCUCGGUGGUGGCAACCGGUUAAGUAAAGCGGGCAGCAUGAUUAAUAUGAGCAUCGAGUCGGACCUGUUCACUGGUGGUGGCUCUCAGUCACAUCCGGCGUCGGGACGAUCGAGUCCGGCGUUCCUGCACGGGACCACACCCGUCGGGAGUCCGCCGCGGUUCCUCAACACCCUUGGGGCUGCUGCGUACGGUGGUUUCGGUGGUGGAGGAGGCAGUGCACGUGUUAGCAGAGCUCCCUCACCGUCAAUGGCUGCUGCAGGUGGUGCCGGAGAACAUGCAAGUGCUUCGGGAACAAGUGCGGUCGCCAUCGAUAAUAAAAUCGAGCAAGCAAUGGAUCUGGUUAAAUCGCAUCUUAUGUUUGCUGUUCGCGAAGAAGUUGAAGUACUGAAAGAGAGGAUAUCCGAGCUAAUGGAUCGCAUCAACCAGCUCGAGUACGAGAACAACAUUCUCAAAGCGAACGCGUCACAGGAAACCCUGGCGCAACUGACCACCGGCGGUAGCACCGUGGCAGCAGCGGCAGCAGUUGCUGCAGCAGCAGCUGCAGCAGCAGCACAGCAACAGCAGCAACAGCAGCAGCAGCAAGUCUCGUCGGCGGCAGUCACAACUGCCGGUUCCACCAAAGCUCCAACCUCCUCGGCAAACCCUGCCAAUGGUUCCGUUUCCUAA